AUGUCGUGGAAGAAAUCAGAGAUGUUGAUGGAUACCAUCAAGCAUUACUCGAGCUUUCCCGCGACCGGAGUGAGCUUGAGGCAGAUGGUCCAAUUCGGCGAGAGGCCUUCUACUGGUACAUUGUUUAGGGCCUCGCAGUUUCUCUCCGAGGAGUUACCUAUACGACUCGCGCAUCGCGUACAAGAACUUGGCGAUUUACCAGAUGGACUUAAUGAGAUGCCUUCAAUCAAGAAGGUACAGGAUUGGUACGCACAGUCAUUUGAGGAGAUAACACAGCUACCAAGACCCAAUUUGUCCAAAGAUAUCCGCGAACGACUGAUGAAGCCUUCGAAGCCCAGUGGGAAAACGUUAAAAAUAUUAGCGGAAACUACACCAAAUCCCAGUGUGAGGAAGGGGCAAUAUAGUUCCUCACCUUGGCAGCAGAAUGGAAAUGGAAAUGAGAAUGGGAAUGGAAAUGGAAGCGAUUCGAAGAAAGGAGCUGCGCGGAGAUACUUUGCAACUGUGGAAGAUAGUAAAGACUGGCCGCCGGAGUUACACGACUACAAUACUCGAUUCGCGAACACGUUAAAUCACAUCAAACGGCGGCAUGACAGUGUAGUCACGACCGUUGCGCAAGGAAUAUUAGAGUACAAACGAAAAAGACAGCGGAUGCAAAUUGACAACAAUAUACAAGCCUUCCUCGAUCGAUUUUACAUGUCGAGAAUUGGCAUACGAAUGUUAAUAGGACAGCAUAUUGCGCUCACCGAUCAGAGCCAUAACAAGGAUCCAGCAUAUGUGGGAAUUAUUUGCACAAAAACAAACGUGCAUGAUUUGGCGCAAGAAGCCAUCGAAAACGCCCGGUUUGUAUGCGAGGAUCAUUACGGAUUAUUCGAUGCGCCCAAGAUUCAGCUCGUGUGCCCACCACAUCUGAAUUUCAUGUAUGUCCCGGGGCACUUAUCGCAUAUGCUUUUCGAGACGUUGAAAAAUUCGUUACGUGCCGUGGUGGAGACGCAUGGGCAGGACAAGGAGGAUUUCCCGGUAACAAAGGUUGUUGUCGCAGAAGGGAAAGAAGACAUCACCAUCAAAAUUUCGGAUGAAGGUGGUGGGAUUCCUCGAAGUGCUAUUCCUCUGGUGUGGACAUAUAUGUAUACGACCGUAGACACCACACCAAGUCUGGAUCCCGAUUUCGACAAAAGCGAUUUCAAAGCCCCAAUGGCUGGUUUUGGAUACGGUUUACCCAUUUCCCGACUCUACGCGCGCUACUUUGGCGGCGACCUCAAACUGAUAAGCAUGGAAGGCUACGGGACAGACGUCUACCUCCACCUCAACCGUCUCUCCAGCUCCUCGGAACCUCUGCAAUAA